UUUCCGCAUUACCAAUUUUCAACGUACUGACAUUUUUCGUGAAGUUUGUGGGAUUCCGGUCCGUUGAAUCUGAACAUUUUAAAGUGUUUUAGUGACUUGUUACACCAGCCAACCACCUGACUGCUGUAGUAAAGUGAGAUGCAGGCUAUAAGAAACUUCUUCCGGGCUGCCUGGUCCUCUGUUGAAAGACUGAAUGACAAAACUGUGGUCAUCACUGGUGCCAACGCUGGUAUUGGCAAAGAGACAGCCAUCGACCUUGCAAAGAGAGGGGCAAAGGUCAUCAUAGCGUGCAGGGACAUGGAGCGAGGACAGGCCGCUGUGACGCAAGUCAUUGAAAGCUCAGGCAGCGAAAAUGUCAUUUGCAUGAAACUUGACUUGGCGGACAGCAAGUCGAUAAGAGAGUUCGCUGAAGCCAUCAACAAAGGAGAGCCGAAGCUCAACAUCCUCAUCAACAAUGCCGGUGUGAUGGUUUGUCCUUAUGGGAAAACGGAAGAUGGCUUUGAGAUGCAGAUCGGUGUCAAUCACUUCGGUCACUUCCUGUUGACCCAUUUGUUGAUCGACCUGAUUAAAAGAUCGGCACCAGCCAGGAUUGUCACGGUGUCCUCCAUGGCGCACACCUGGGGCUCCAUCAAUCUGGAAGACAUCAACAGUGUGAAGAGUUACGACAAGAAGGCAGCCUACUCUCAGAGCAAGCUAGCCAAUGUCCUCUUCACCCGCUCACUGGCUAAGAAACUAGAAGGCACAGGUGUGACGACAUAUUCUCUCCACCCUGGAGUCGUCCAGACAGAUUUAUGGCGUCAUCUGAGCGGCCCUCAACAGGUCGUCAUGAAGAUGGUCAGUCCUUUCACCAAAAACUCUUCCCAGGGAGCUCAGACGAGCAUUUACUGCGCGGUGGAGCCAUCACUGGAGAAGGAGAGCGGUGGAUACUACAGCGACUGUGCUCCUGCCAACUGCUCAGCUGCCGGUCGAGACGACGAGCUGGCGCAGAAGUUAUGGGAGUUGAGCUGUAAGGAGCUGUCGGUAACAUGGGAAUAAAGCAACCACGAUUUCAGUCCUUCAGUUUCACCAGCCUGCCAAGAAAUUAUGUUGCAAAACAUUUCCAGCACUCCUUGUAUGCGUUUGUUUUACAUACUAACACACACAACAUGGCACUCUAUUUAAUUACUAAAAUUCUAAUGUAUAAUAUAAAGAAGUCUAAAAUACUUUUCCACUUUUAUAAUGGCUGUGUAGUGGAUAUUUUUGAAUAAAUUGUUGAGUAAUCCAGAAUACAGGUGUCUCCGUGUCACAAAUGUUUCUCUGUACCUGUAUCUUCUGGCAUUAAACUCUGUUGCACUCCA